AUGCUGCAGCCGACAACACCGGGCGGCUCAGAGCGCAGUAACAGCAGCAGCAGCAGCAGCAAGAGCAACAGCAGCAGCAACAGCAGCAGCAUCAAGGAAGCGAUGGAUCUCCGCUGCGUAGCGCCAGCAGCAGGAUCUGCUGCUGCUGGGGGCUGUAUUCUGCAGCAGCGGCACCAGCGACGCCGUGGUGCUGCUGCUGCUGCUAUUGGGGGCCCUUUGAAGCUGAAUAUGCAGCAGCAGCAGCAGCAGCGGGGGCGGCACAAGAGGAGACAUCUCCCAUCAGAGCAGGUGCGGCGGCAGGACAUGCUGCUGUGGCAGCAGCAGCAGCAGCAGCUGCUGCGGCGACAGCUACGAGCAGCAGCAGGCAGCAGCAAAAGUUGCAGCAGUAAUUCCUUUGAGGCUCAAGCACUGCAGCUGCUGCAGAAUGGAGGCACCCGCAAGGUCCGCCGGCAGCAGCUGCAGCAACUGCAGCAGCAAACGCAGCAGCAACUGCAGCAGCAAACGCAGCAGCAACUGCAGAAGCAUCUGCACCAGAAGCUGGAGCAGGAGCUGCAGCAGCAGCAGGAGGCCAGCGUGACUGGAGUAAAGCAGCAGCAGCAAGAGGGGAAGCGGCCGAAGCAGCGGAAGCAGCAGCAGCAGCAGCAGCAGCCAAACACUUCCUCAGGUAGGCACAGCUGUAGCUCCAGCGAGACAGGAGCUCGCAGCAGGCCGAAGCUGCAGCAACAGCUCGAUGAGGAGAAAAGUGCUGCUGCUGCAGCAGCAGCAGCAGCAGCCGCAGCUGCCGCUGCAAUGACUGCUGAAACAGCAGCAGGAAGGGAGCUGCGAGUGCUCUUCCCCGGGAUCCUAGCCAUACCGCAGCAGCAGCAGCAGCAGCAGCAGCAGCAGCAGAUGCGAAUCGAUGGGGUUGUUGAUUUAAACACUUUGCCGCAUAUCUCACCAGACGCAUUCGGGCUGCCGCCGCAGCAGCAAGUGCAGCAGCAGCAGCAGCAGCAGCAAAAGGAGCAGCAGGGUUUGGAGCGCAGAGCUGAGCAUGGCCCGGCGUCUACAGGUGUUGACAGCAGCAGCGGCGACAGCAGCAAGAGAACCAGGACCAGCAGCAGCAGCAGCAGCAGCAGCAAAGCAGAUUCUAUGCAGCUGCUUCAUCCCUCCUUGAGGCGCGCGUUGCUGCUCAGCGGUAUUCAGUGCUUAUCUCCGUUGCAGCAGCGUUCUCUGUUGUGGCACCGGCAGCUGCAGCAGCAAGAGCAGCAGCAGCAGCAGCAGCAGCGGCAGCGUGGCAGCAGCGCGGAUAGCGUGCUGCUGCUGCCGGGCCCCACAGGGAGCGGCAAGACGUUGGGGUAUUUGCUGCCUCUCUUUCAGUAUCUGCUUGCAGAUGCAGAGCAGCAGCGGCAGCAACAGCAAGAGCAACAGCAGCAACGGAAGCAGCAGCAGCAGCAUAAGCAUCAGCUGCAGCAGCAUCUCCAGCAGCAGCAGAAGCAGCAGCAGCAACCGGAGCAGCAAGAGCAGCAGCAGCAGCAGCAGCAUGUUUGUGCUAGCUUGUCUCGUGUGCGUGGCGGUAUUCGGGUGUUGCUGUUGGCCCCCAGUAGAGAAGUUGCUGCUCAGGUGUACAGACUCUGCUGCUACCUCAGCAGCCAGGUGCAGCAGCAGCAGCAGCUGCUGCUGCGGAGGCAGCAAGCAGCAGCAGAAGCUGCUGCUCUUCCUGCCGGAGCAGCAGCAGCAGCAGCAUCUGUUGCUGCUGAUGCUGCUCCUGCUGCUGGGGAGGGGUCUUGCUGCUGUGCUGCAGCAAUCAGGCCCGCGCUGCUGAUAGGUGGGGCGAACUCGGAGCAGCUGCUGCAGCGGCUGCGGCAGCAGAAAGCUAACCUACUCGUUGCCACGCCUGGGCGCCUGCUGCAGCUGCUGCGCCUCAAGUCUGCUCACCAGCAGCAGCAACAGCAGCAACAGCACCGGCAGCAGCAGCAGCAGCGGAAACGGCCCAAGGGGGUUGGCGCGCUGCAGCUUCAUCACUUGGCGUUUGUUGUUGUUGAUGAGGCGGAUGCAUUCUGCAGCAGCAGCAGCAACAGCAGCAGCAGCAGCAGCAAAAGCAGCAGCAAAAGCAGCAGCAAAAGCAGCAGCAAAAGCAGCAGCAACAGCGACAGCAGCAGCAACAGCGACAGCAGCAUCAGGAGCAAGGAUAAAGACCGUUUUGCUAAUUUGAUUGAGCUGCUGCAGCGCUGCUACAGCAGCAGCGGGGGAGGCUUAGGUUUGCUGCGGCUGCUGCUGGCUUCCGCUACACUCGGAGAGGCCCCCAAGGCGAUUUUAGGGGCCCUAGGCAGGUCUGCUGCUGCUGAUGCAGCAGCAGCAGCUGCUGCUGCUGCUGCUUCUGCUGCUGCUACAGUGAAUGCGGAGGAGGGAACUGGAGCAGCAGCACCUGGAGCAGCAGCAGGAGCAGCAGCAGCUGCUGCUGCUCUUCCUAGUAACGUGCUGCACCUAGCAUUGACGGGGCCGCACUGCAACAAAAUAGGUUUGCUGCUGCUGCUGCUGCGGGGGGACCCCGUGAAUAAGCGGUGCAUAGUAUUUUGUCGGUCGCCGCUUGCUGCUGCUCCGGCUUCUUCUUCUUCUGCUGCUGCUGCUGCUGUUCUCGUAGCUUCGGAGACAGCAGCAAGGGGACUCGAUUUGCCCCUCCUCACCCACGCAAUUAACUUUGACCUGCCAAAAGAUGCUCUGUCUCUCUUACACCGCAGCGGACGGGUAGGGAGGGCCGGCAAUCCAGGUUGUGUUGUCUCUCUCGCUGCUUCAGCAGCAGAACAGCAGCAGCUGCAGCAGCUGUAUAAGCAGUUGAAGCAGCAGCAGCUGCUGCAGCAGCAGCUCCACCACUGUGUGCUGCACGAGGGAAAACUCUGGCGCAUUGCAGAUCGCUGA